UCUCUCAUAAUUUCACUCGUACUUUCGGUGCUCGGAAAAGUCUGUUUCGAAUUCUCAGUUUAUGACCUUGGCCAUUAUCAGCUCACGGCAAGCUCUUUCAGGCCAUUGGAGAGUUUGAGGAUCUUGGAGGCUUGGUCCAGAACGUGCAAUAGACUUGAUGUCACAGGCCUACGGAUGCAUCCCAGUCUCGGGUGGAGAGAGUCAGCAGCCAGUAUACGGAGAGCAGGUGCCGACAAGAACAGCAGGAACAGCAGCAGCGAAGCAUGGCACGUCACCCAUUACAGAAACAACCGCCUACUACACCGGGCGGACUCCAGCGACAGAACGCUAUGGCGAACGCCAAACACUGUUGGUGCGUGAUACCCAGGACCAGGCUGCUUCAGCCAAAGACGAGGAAGAGGAUUACCUGAAGGAGUUCAUUUGUUCUGAUUUCGAAGACGUUAUCCGUGAGCAACCUGGAACUCAGAUCCUGGCAACUUGCCGAACCGUCAACAAGAUGACUUACACCUGGUCUAAGCUCAUCUGGUAUCACAUCUUCACGCUGACGUUCGGCAUCCUACUCUCGUUCUGGUGGGCGUUUUGGUUUGCGCUGUACACGCACUUCAUCAGCUGGUGGUACUACCCAUUCUAUCGUCUCUUUAAGAUGACUAUCUACAUGUGGGCUCUGCUGUACCGGGCAAUAUGCCGCGCAUUCGUACACCCCCUGUACGAAGCCUUUGCGCUAACGCUCAGCAACAUCCAAGUGAAGCUACAGCAGAGGACGGAGGUGAUACAUCCUGUUCAGUCCGCAUGAUCUUAUGCCUGCCACCAUCCCACACCUAUUUUUAUUAUUUUUUUUUUUUUAUACGAAAAUCCACUACAUUUCCGAAUAUGUGUGAGAAGUGGUGGCGGGGCCAGGCUACUCUGCCGACCUCAAAGGUCUCGGCGUCUACGCAAACCUAUCUCUCCUGAGCUCUAUGCAAGCAAGACGACUGAUAAUAUUAUCAAGAUAGUAGUAUAAUAGAUGAUAUGCCAAAUAACGCGCAACUAGACUUGGGAGGGCAUUGCAGAGUAGUUGCAUACAAAGUUCAAAGUUGUACAGUUACCUGUGACUUGUCCUCAUGCAGAGUUCAGGGCCUACCGUGUACACAUUGUAGUAUAAUGUGUAUGUAACUUGUGUGCGAUGCCCUCUCAAGUCUAGUUGCACGUUAUUUGGCAUAUCAUCUAUUAAGCCCUUGCAAUUCUCUUUAAUUCUUGCCUUUAUCCAAUUUACCCCGAAGACUACAACUGGUGAAAUUUUGAUUUUAGUCUUAACUUCCCUUUAAGUAUACAAUAAAUGAGGAGGCCGAGGGUUUAUUGGUCAUAAACCCAAGGCCGGAGCAUUUCUUGUAUUUAGAAUCAACCAGUAAAAACUCCUACUCAAUCUCCAACAACAAAACUAGUGGACAGCUGUUAUUUGUGUUGCCAUGACAACUCGUGUGCUGGACGAGUAUUUGUUGUCAUUGGUUCAAUUUCUUUUACUCUUCAUAGGCUAUCAGAUCAUUUUCCUGAUUCGGUCUAUUUAUAACCAGUAUC